CUUUGCUGACUGGUUGUUCAACAGGACGAGCUGCGGCCGUGAAAACAGCCGCGCAACACUCAUUGCACGCUCGGCCAUUUCCACGGACGCCGCUUAUCCUCUUCCCCCUCUCGUCAGACGUCUCCAGUGUGAACGUCUCCCUCGGAGAGUGCACAUCGUCGUACCCCAUCCGGUCCUCGCCUUCUGCCGCACACCAAGCAUGGAUCCAGCCGCCUAGCAGACAGCACUUUGUUCACAUUUUGGAGUAAAAAAAAAAAGGUCUCUGUCGGAAGUUUGUUUCCCCACUCCCUUCUUCCCUCCCGAGUUCUCCAAAGGUUUAGGAUGGCAUCGCGCAGACUGCACCCACGCGUCGCGCUCCUGCUGUGGCUGAUCUCCACGGCGGCGUGCAACACGUUCAUGUCCACCGAGGAGCCCUCUGACACAGGCGCUAAGUCGGACGGCUACUGCAGCCGCAUCCUGCGGGCUCAGAGCGCCCGGAGGGACGCCAACAGCGAGUUCAGGCUUCGCGUGGAAGGGGAUCCCGAGAGCUACCAGCCAGGGAGCACCUACAGAGUGACUCUGUUUGCGACCAACCCCUCCUACUUCAGAGGCUUCACCCUCAUCGCCCUGAAGGAGGGCACAGCGGGAGACAAGGAGAAGGACUACAUUGGAAAUUUCCAGAUAAUCGAUGAUGAGGAAACACAGUUUAUGAUCAACUGCCCGCCUGCAGUGACAGAGGGGACACCUCGCCGACGCACCAGCAUCCAGGUGUUCUGGACCGCGCCCCCUAGCGGCUCUGGCUGUGUAUUCCUCAAGGCAAGCAUUGUGCAGAAGAGGAUCAUCUAUUUCCAGGAUGAAGGCUCACUCACUAAGAAGAUGUGUGAGAAAGAAUUCCUGUAUGGUGAUGCUACAGAUAAACCCCUGCUUGACUGCUGUGCCUGUGGAACGGCCAAGUACAGAGUCACCUUCUAUGGGAACUGGUCAGAGAAGAUUCAUCCCAAAGACUACCCACGUCGUGCCAAUCACUGGUCAGCCAUCAUCGGUGCAUCCCACUCGAGGAACUAUGUGCUGUGGGAAUAUGGAGGCUUGGCCAGUGACGGCGUCAGACAGGUAGCUGAACUGGGAUCCCCAGUCAAAAUGGAGGAGGAGAUCAGACUAAAGGGUGAUGAUGUCCUGACGGUCAUCAAGAUGAAGGCGCAGUGGCCGGCUUGGCAGCCACUUAACGUGCGGGCUGCACCGUCAGCGGAGUUCUCGGUUGACCGAACCCGUCACCUCAUGUCCUUCCUCACCAUGUUGGGGCCCAGUCCCGACUGGAACGUGGGUCUGUCUGCAGAAGACUUGUGUACCAAAGAGUGUGGAUGGGCUCAAAAAGUAGUCCAGGAUCUCAUCCCUUGGGAUGCAGGCACUGACAGUGGGGUGUCAUAUGAGUCCCCCAACAAGCCAACUGUGCCUGAAGAUAAGAUCCGUCCGCUAACCAGUCUGGACCACCCUCAGAGCCCUUUCUAUGACCCCGAAGGAGGAGCCAUCAGUCCUGUGGCUAGGGUCUUAGUGGAACGUAUUGCCAGAAAGGGGGAGCAGUGUAACGUUGUGCCAGAUAAUGUGGAUGACAUCGUGGCAGAUAUUGCACAGGAGGAGAAAGAGGAAGCAGAUGACACCCCCGAGACAUGUAUCUACUCCAACUGGUCUCCGUGGUCAGCCUGCAGCUCGGCUACUUGUGAAAAGGGCAAGCGGAUGAGGCAGAGGAUGCUCAAGGCCCAGUUGGAUCUCAGUGUUCCUUGUCCACACACCCAGGAUUUUGAGCCUUGCAUGGGGCCGGGAUGCAGUGAUGAGGAUGCAUCCACUUGUAUGAUGUCAGAGUGGAUCACCUGGUCUCCAUGCAGUGUGUCAUGUGGGCAGGGAAGACGUUCCCGGGAACGUUACGUUAAGCAAUUCCCAGACGACGGCUCAGUAUGCACCCUGCCCACGGAGGAGACCGAAGAUUGUGUUGUCAACGAGGAAUGCUCUCCCAGCAGCUGUCUGGUCACUGAAUGGGGGGAAUGGGAUGCCUGCAGCGCCACUUGUGGUCUGGGCAUGAAGAGAAGGGAGCGCAUGGUGAAGAUGCCUCCUGCAGAUGGUUCCAUUUGUGGAGCUGAGGUUCUGGAAGUGGAGAAGUGCAUGAUGCCAGAAUGUCAUACAAUCCCGUGCAUGCUGACUAUGUGGUCUGACUGGAGCGACUGCAGCGUCACGUGUGGGAAGGGUCUAAGAACACGCCAGCGUAUGCUCAAGUCGCCCGUUGAGCUUGGAGACUGCACCGAAGAGUUGGACCAGGUGGAGAAGUGCAUGCUACCGGAAUGUCCUAUAGACUGCGUCAUGUCCGAGUGGAGCGAGUGGGUCGAGUGUAAUAAGUCCUGUGGGAAAGGUCACACAAUCAGGAUGCGCACAGUGAAUUUGGAACCUCAGUUUGGAGGGGACCACUGUCCUGAAAGCAUCCAGAGGAAGAAGUGUAAGGUCCGGAAGUGCACCAGAGGAGGACAGGGCAACAGUGACGAAAAGAAACGACGCAAGGAGCAGCGAGAAAAAAGGAGGAGCAGACAAGGCAGGACUGACGUCAUCUCUGAGCAUCCAGGAUGUAAAAUGAGGCCAUGGUCAAGUUGGACAGAAUGUACCAAAGUGUGUGGCGGAGGUAUUCAAGAACGGCUCAUGACUGUGAAGCAAAGGUUCAAGUCUGCACAAUUGUCCAGCUGCAAGGACAGGAAGGAGAUCCGAGCUUGCAACGUGCACCCCUGCUAGGGGGGAUACAUGGGACGGCAUUGGGGGGCUGAGAACAAGACCAGGAAUUCUAUGUUGUCACACAAUGGUCAAGCGCACUCUAUUUAGGGCUCUGAUGGCACAGACAGUACACCAUACAUCUGCUAGAAAUAAAAGUCAAAUUCCGUUCACUUUUGAUGUUUUUGACAGGGGGCAAUGAGCAGUGGGGAUGGUCAGAUUUGAAGUUGGGUGGUUUACAGUUCUAAUAAUGCCCUCUGCUGCCCUUUCCACUUUCCUAAGGACUUUUUUUCUGAGGCAAUACAACACUGGCAAUGCAACCAAAUUUGUUAUUGUUUGGUUUUUGUUUUCAUUCUGUUGGAGCCAAACAGGUUUACGGAGGCUUCAGUGUUUUACUCUUGGUUUUCAAGUUAUCAUCAGGUGACAAACAUGAAGAUCUGCCACUUAAACCAGACACAUUUUUCUGUGUAGUAGCUCUGAUACACUUUUGCAAGAUUACUGUCAAUGUGGUACAAUAUAUCUUGGAACCAUGCAGAAUUGAUUUAAUAAAUAAAUACCCAUUAUAUCUUGUGGUAUACUUAGUAUUUCACGAUAGAAAUUUAAAGCACAGGUGCCCAGUCAUUCCAGUGUUUUUUUUCCACUGCUUUGUGUUGUUGUUUUAGGGCCACACAAUGAUGAUGAUUUUUUCUUUUUUUUUUUUAACCCAGCAAUGAUCUUCAGUAGAUAGAUACAUCACAUUUGAAAUGGAUAUAAUUGAACAUUCUUAAAUAUUUAGAUUGUUUUCCAACUGUGGAUCUUUUUAAAAGAAUGUCUUGAGAUUCUUACCAAAGUCUUGUGUAGAUGUUUUUAGGAUGUUUUCCUCUUCUUCCCCCUUAACAUGUUAAUAUUUUGGAAUAACAUUACCUUUACAAUAAAAGUAAA